CUGAAACCGAAAGUCAGUGACCAACUUCCUUCGCCUAAUCGCCGACGAGUAAGGUUUCCUCCUCCGCCAUGGAUCCCGUCUCCAAUUCCUUCAAUCCUCACAAGCUCCUCAAGGAACAAUUCGUGAGCAAUUUGAAUGGCUCGUCCAUGCUUGAGAUCGCCUCGCUUUCCACUAUUGUCCCUGCUCUGUUCCUUCUGCGACGCGCGUUCUGCUUCAGCUACAAGAGCGAUGCAGCGAAGAAAGAUGAUGAUGCAGUUGCUAAAUCUAGGAAUUUGGGAGCAUACUUGGCAGUGGUAUCUUUGGAUUUCCUGUUCCUCAUUGUCCCAACUCUUCUGGUUCUCACUGUUCUAGCAGAUUGGGUGAAUGUGUUGGCCAUCGUAUUGGCGGUACUGAUUUUAUUUCUGGCCGCUAAAAGGUAGAACUUGCUUGCUUCAUUUGCAUCGAAUUCCGGGUCCGCCUCUCAGCUUAGGACAAAUAUUUUAUCGUACAGGGUCAAUGUGAUGAUCGUGACUUGCUUGUGUAUAUUGGCUGUUGAUUUCACAAUAUUUCCCAGGAGAUACGCAAAGACAGAAACUUAUGGUACUAGCUUGAUGGAUCUUGGGGUUGGCUCCUUUAUAGUGACAAAUUCCCUUGUGUCACGACAAGCCCGCGGUAUAUCAUCCAUGAGCUGGAAGGCUGCUUUUAAAUCCUCCAGCCCACUACUAGUACUUGGAUUUGGUCGUCUUCUUUCUACGAGAAGUGUGGAUUAUCAGGUUCAUGUUGCAGAAUAUGGGGUUCAUUGGAAUUUCUUCUUCACUCUUGCAGCUGUUACCAUCCUCACAUCCAUAAUAAAGAUCCCCCCUAAGUACUCGGGCCUCUUUGGUUUAUCACUUCUUGUAGGUUAUCAGUGGUGGUCAGUAAAUGGACUGAACUUAUAUUUGCUCUCUAAUGAAAGGGGGACAGAUCUCUUGAGCCAAAACAAGGAGGGUUUAUUUAGCAUACUUGGAUACUGGGGUAUCUAUCUUCUUGGCGUCCAGUUGGGCUACCAUCUUUUCUUUGGUGACCACAAACCUGAAUUGAAAAGCAAGAAAUGGGCAACGAUCAAAGUCUCCUGCCUUUCCAUUAUCUUCUGGUUAACAACUGUGGUUCUAGACAGCCAUGUCGAAAGAGCUUCACGAAGAAUGUGUAACUUAGCUUAUGCUACCCUGGUGUUGGCUCAAAAUCUUCAGGUCAUCCUCCUCACCUCCCUUAUUCAGCACAAAGUGGAGAGUAUUUUUCUAAAAUUUCGGAGUCCUAUCCUUUUUCAGGUUCUAGCAAUACUAAUGCUUUCGGAUUGCAUUGGCGUAAGUAGCAUCUCCACACUUGAAGAAGCAAUCAAUCGGAAUUUGCUCGGAACAUUUCUCGUGGCAAAUGUUCUUACAGGGCUGACAAACAUGUUAGUCGAUACAAUCUUCUCAACUCCGCUCUCUGCCCUUUCAAUCUUGGUCACUUAUGCUUAUCUUUUGUCCAUUAUAACUGGAAUCGCAGACUUCUACGGGAUGAGGAUCAAGUUUUGGUAGUUACAGGUUCUUUCAGCAUACUUUCUAGGACUAAGUUUGUUCACAGAACGAUACUCUUUUUUCUAGUUGGAAACCAACGGCUCUCUGUAUUAUUGUACCCAAAUAUGGCAAUGCAACUUAUCAACCUUCCUUCUUUCCAUUGGGAGUCACGAUCAUGAACAUCAGUGCAAAAUAGGGGCAUCCCCAAACUGACUUUCCCACAUGCAAUUUUUUUUACACAGGUCAUAACUUCUAGGCAAAUAAUUGUAUUGUUUUCACCGCAUAGCUUUGUGUUAUUUCCUGUUGCAUUACCCUAAACAUGCAUAGGGGUGAGUCAUCAUCAUCAGAAGAAGACUGCUAAUAAUGCAGGCAAUCAGACAAAAGGAGUUCAGUUCUGGGAGGAUGACUGGUAUAUUGUACUUUUGGGAAAAAGGGUAGAAGAGAUGAAGGGUCAUCACAUGGAUUCUGUGCAGUUCUGCAGAGUGAUGACAGGCUUACUGGACCACGAAGUCCCACGGGAAUCAAAUCCAUCGCACCACCAACUGUAGGGUCCCCCCCGUUUCCCUGACGAGGGAGACCAAGCAUCCAUUGUGGCCGGAGCAAUCGAGUUCGUGAAGGAGCUAGAACACUCCCUCAACACCCUCCAAGCUCAAAAACUCCAACUCACGACAACAACAACAACAACAACAACGGAAAUCGCCACUCCAUUCGCCGACUUCUUCAACCACUACGGUAGUAGUACUGUUCACAACGAGAAUCUCCAGUCCCAUCACGGCCACAUGAUGAACAGGGCAACAAUCAGCUGUACCUCUUCUUCAUCGUCCAGCUACAAUGAGGAAGCGAUGAACAGUAACGGCAGUACUAGUAGCGGUUCGAGUGGUUAUAACAACAGCAAUGGGAAUAUCGCUGACGUGGAGGUGACGCUGGUGGAGAGCCACGCGAACCUAAGAAUCCUGUGGAGGAAGGAGAUGAAGGCGGCGCCAUUGCAGCUGUCGAAGCUGGUGUGUGGGCUUCACGCGCUGGGGCUGGGCGUGCUGCACUUCAGCCUGGCUACUGUUCACCCGUUUGCCCUCUACUCCGUCAGUGCCAAGGUUGAAGAAGGAUGCCAGGUGAGCUCGGUAGAAGACAUAGCUGCAGCAGUUCAUCACAUGCUUAGACUAAUAAUCGACCAAGAAGCUGAAACCCACCAGCAGCUUCCUUACACUAAUUCCCUUCUUCCCUUAAUCACCUUAUAAUAAGAUCACAUAAAACCUCUCUCUCUCUCUCUCUCUCUCUCUCUCUAGAUAUGCACUUUGUUCAUUCCUUCUGGAAUCUUUUCUGUGAGUCAUUUGUAGUGUCACUAUCUGCGUUUUGUUCUGUACAUAUAAGUUUUUUUUGGUUCCUGUAAGACUGUAGCAAAAGAGUUAGAUCCUCUAUCCAACAUGCAUUUCCACCUCUUCUUUUGACUUUUGAGUGGUCUGUCGCACGUUACGGUUUAUUUUGGGCCGCUGUGACAUUGGGCCGACUCGUUGGGUAGGAAGCUAGCUAAAUGGACCCAAAUAUUACUUCUUUUUUUGGAAUGGGUUGGGCCAGGUUUAGAAUGGGCCUCGUUUGGGUCCAUCGUGCAUGAUCA